AUGGCCAGCAGAGACAACCGAGACAGCGGCGGCCUCUACGUGUCCGAGCGGCAGCCCAUGCACAACGGGCCCUCGAGCUCCGCGCCCUCCGGCCGCAAGGGGAAAAGGUCACAGCGUCCGCACGCGCCGCCCCCGCCCCCGCCGCAGCAGCCCCGCAAGCAGCCGCACUACGACCCGAACGAGAUGGACUACGGCAUAUCCGAGUCCGAGCGUCAGAUGCCCGGCGGCGACGUGCCCUACUACGCCCGUACAGACAGCGCGCCGAACGCCGCGGGCUUCCCGAACGGAAUGCUCGAAGCAGGUAAUGGCUACUCGUCCAUGCGAACUCCGAUUGAGCUGAAGAAGGACCCACCCAGCUCUAAACAAAUGCGUUCUGUAGAUGAGAGCUCCGAGGACAGCUUCGACAACGGCAGCUACAUCACGGACAAGAUCCAGGGCGGCCCCAAUGAAGGCAUCGGCUGGUUCCAUGCCAAGAUCAAGGUCGAGAACUCCAUCCACUGGGCCAACAACUACAAGAUCCAAGCCUGCAUGUUCUUCAUCUUCAUCUGCGGCGCCGCGCUGACGAUCGCCUUCGCCGACAACAACGCCGACGUCUCGGUGGGACUCGUGGCGGGAAGCCUCAUCACGCUUUUCUGUUGCUGCGCUGUGGUGUACACGUUCCUGACCCGCCCAACGUGGAGGAAGCACCCGAACCCGAUUAUCUUCUUCCGCAGUAUCUGCGACAUUUGUCUGGUGGCGGUGCUGCUCAUCACGGAGCUGUACAAGUGCGGCAACGGAGAUUGCUCUAAGACGCUGACGGGGGCUUCAUGCACAGCCACAGCCGCGCUCACGCAGUUCUUCCUUUGGACUUCGGAGAGUUGGUUCUUCGUCAUGGCCAUCGACAUGCUGUCGUCAUUGCAGAGUCCGUUCACGGACUACAAGAGCAACGUUCGCCGCUAUCACGGGUUCGUGUGGGCCACAGGUCUCAUUACGUGCAUCAUCCUGGUAUCCAUCCCAGACUUUGCCGGCGAAUCCGAAUUCGGAUACUGUUGGACAGCAAGCAAGAGCAAGUUGCGACAUGAUGAUGAUAAUGACGGUUCCGGUUCGAGCGAGACGGGCAAUCUCUGGAACCUCAACUUUCAGUCGUGGCUGCUCUUCUACAUCUGGCUCAUUUUGUACUGGGUUUACGCCAUCACAGUCAUCUACUGGGCGUACAGGCGUCUCAACUCCGGCCUUUCGGAGACACUCCGCAUGCGUCUUCGUGUGCUACACUCGGUCACGAUCUAUGUGAUCGCCAUUAUCAUUUACUGGGGUCUGUCUUUUUGCAUUUACGUGCCAUUUUUGGUCCAAGGAGAAGAACGAUCCAGUUGGGUGGAGCAGAUGAUGAACUUCAUGAUUACAUGCAAGGGAUACUUCGACUUUGUUGUGUGGUUUCAGAUGAACGACUUUCACGACGCCUUGAAGAAGGGAAAAGGAAAGAAGGCGGACGUCGAUGUCGAUGUGGAUCUUAGUCCUCAAGUGAACCUUGCUCUGCGUUGCGAGGUGCUGUACUAUACCACGACUGGUAUCAUUCAGGCUGUGCGUGACACGCAGCACUUGCCUCCUGGAGCCAAUCAGCAGGAAUUGUUCCUGCAGCCUCAGGGCACGGAGGACAACCGUGGAUCGUUGGGCGUGGACGAGUACAUGAUUCGCAAUCGCCCUAAAGCUGAACUUGGGAAGGGCACGUUAUUUAUUGAUUACUGUCCCCACACUUUCCAGACCAUCCGAGAACACUUUGGCAUCGAUACUAACCAGUAUAUCGAGAGUCUGAGUCGUACGACGAAGGAGCGUUUGAGUGAAGGUGCAAGUGGUGCUUUCAUGUUCUUCUCACAUGAUCAACAGUUGAUUGUGAAGAGCAUGAGCGACGAAGAAUCGGUUUUCCUGCGUUCGGUGGCAGCAGAAUAUGCGUCGUUCCUGCUGACAAACCCGGACAGUUUGCUGACGCGGUUCUACGGUUGUCACGCUAUUCGGCUGUAUGGCAACACGUUCAACUUCGUCGUCAUGGCCAACCUGUUCAGCACCGAAAAGGUUAUCCACCGUCGGUACGAUAUCAAGGGUUCGUGGGUGAACCGUAGUGCCAAGCACCCGUCCAAGGGCAAGCGUGUAACGUGUCGUCACUGUAACGCCAAAUAUGUCUUCGGCUCGACGGAUGCAGAGAACUGUCGCGCACGGGUUGGGCGUCAUGAGCCCAAUGUGAUUUUGAAGGACAAUGAUUUGACGGCGAAGGUUCGCCUCGAUCCUAAGGUGGCCGAGGAGCUGUACGAUCAGCUGGUGAAGGACGCGAACUUCCUGUCCCGUCUAGGAAUCAUGGACUACUCGCUGUUGCUGGGUAUCCACAACGUGGAGUACAUGGUGAACCCGGAUCUGGAGGAAGAGCCUGUUGUUCCGCCCAAGGAUGCGGUGGGACCGAGACGUCGGACCACCAACAACUCGACCAUGAUGAGCCGGGGAGGCCGGGAGGGGUCCAAUGCUCCCCCAAUCAGGGAAUCAAAGCCUCGGACUGGUCUCCCGCGCGUUGCAACGGGUACGCGCCGAGCGAACACCGUCGUGGGUCCAUCCAUCUACUACUUCGGUCUCAUCGACAUUCUUCAGACAUGGAACAUGGACAAGAAGUUGGAGCGCUUCGCCAAGACCAAGUUGCUCGCGAAGGACCCCGACGGUCUGUCGGCCAUUCCGCCUGCGGCGUACUGCGAGCGGUUCAAGCGCAAGAUGGGCGAGAUCCUGUCCGUCACGACCCGCGACGAGUACGCCGAGUGCUUCGUGGGCGAGCGGAGAGGGAGCAACAGCUGCAACGGCAAUGCGGACGCUGAGCCCAACCACCGUUUUUUUUAAACCGUGAGGCCUUGGUGGGACACGAAGGCAAUGGUGACGCCCCCCACCGAGGGCCCGCCCUCACGAUGGAUAAAAGAAAGCUCCACCCCCUCUUGCCCGGGUUUUUAUGUUGACGAGGUGCUGCUGCGGGUCAGCGGGUGUACUUUAGAUGAACAACACAAGCAGCAAGCACAAGUGACUUCCAGCUAAUCAACCGAUACCGAUAAUGAAUCGAGCCGUUCAGAUUUGAUAUU